GGCUAGAAUUUUCGAAAAGGUAAGUUUUGAUCCCUAUAAGUUUCGGAUCACUAGACUUUCAGCUAGGAAAUCCGAACAGAUGAAAAAUUUUUAGGGGAUAAAAAUAUGCCUAUAUCUACCGUUUAAGUACUAAAAUACGUUUAAUUACAAUUCGCGCCAAAUUAUUUGUUUAGAGUAGUUCUUGUUAACAUUGUUUUAUUUCCAUUGACUUUAUAAAUAUUUUUAGCACUUUUUACAUUUUUACAUAUUUUAUCACAUUUUAGCGUUCACCACAUUUUUAUCUAUUAUAACUUGUUUUUAACUUAUUUAUGCUAAUUUAGAGAACUUUUAUACACUUGAAAAUGACCUCGGAGAGGUCGAAACGUCGUGAUUUUUUUAUCGCUAAUAUUUAUCUCAAGAACGUUUAACAAUGCUAUGUUAAAGUGGUUUUGAACUAUAUUCUCGUUGGGUGCCCCUGAACAGUGCGAGAGCUGCUAGCAAAUUGAGUGGGGCUUAAAAAUAUUGGCUCAAAAUAACAGAGCAAAUACUAAAGAAGGUACUGAUAGACAAACUUGAAGAAGAUUAAAACGGAUUACAAAUGCGGUUUAAGUUAAAGGCAACUCUGGUUUAACCGAAGAAAGCAGUUGACCUACAACGUAGGCGAGCAAAUUGACUGAGGGACGGGGGUUGGGGAACAGAAGGGACUUGUCCCUACCCUGGAGAGUCGAAAACCUGUUUGCUGCCCUACUAAAUAGCACAAUUAUUUCUUUCGAGAGUUUGAGGGUAAUACUGUUGUUUUAAGGUUUGUAGUUCUCCUUUCGAGUGUCUGGAAACAAGUUAUAGAUACAAACAUAACCCGCUGAGCGUUAGUUCUUAGUUGUUCGGGAUUGAUGUUAUACAGUGCUACGUUGUGGCGAAAUAGAAACCGAUCAGUUUUGUGUCUUCUCCCCUUUUUACCUUAUUGAUUUUAUUUUUGCUUUUUAGGAUUGUUGUUGACUUGAGGCAUGGCGUUUAUUAUCAAAAGUGUCAUGACCCCGAUUGUAAGCGCACUGAUUAUCGGUCUCCUGGUAUGUAUGUAUAGUACGCGUGCAAGGAACAAGUUUCCCUUCCCAGUUAUAUUGGCUUAUCUUUCCGCCAGCAGACGACGUGAAAAUUCUUUGGACAACUUGUCCCAGUUUUUUUCGUGAUCUAUACAGACACAAUUUUCCAGAAGCUGUUUAUAUAAUAUGAAUUUUCAAUAAUUUGAUGUUUAUUUUUCACAUUUGGAUUAGAAUCAUCUUUUCGACGUUUCGAUUAUAAAAAUACGUCAAAGUCACAUGUUUUUUUGUUGGUCUUUCUUGUUUCCAGAACGUCCUAUACCUGAUGAGAUUAAUCCACUGUCACGUACUCAGGUACCUUAAUUGUUGCUCGUCUAUGGUGUACUUUCUUUCCACCGUGAAGUUCCCAACGUAACUCUGAAUUAGCAGUCUUUUAGGGAGCGCUCACUCUCGAGGACUUCCUACCGAGCAGUCCUCUAUUCAGACGUAACAGAAUUGGUCAGAUCAAGACGAUGCCUGUGAUGCGGUACAAAUAGGGAGCUUAAGCAACGAGAACGAGAAGGGGCAAAAAAGCAAAGGCUUAGAUUGGCAAAACAACAGCUCCGCUCGUGCAUCACGCUUUUUUUAAACAUUUCUUUGUCCUCACUGCAUGACUACGACGUCAAAAUACCUAAUUUCACGUUUUAUGAAAGAACGUGAACUCAAGACAACGACUUUAUUUUUCUUUUUCUGAACUUUCAUACAGUCUUUUAGAAUUCAACUCCACAGAAAAUUGCCAGCAUUUGAUGAAUUGAACGAGAUGUAAUAAGCGCGAUUAAGUUUGAAGCAGCGCGACUUUACUUUUUAAGUGACGUUUUCGUAGCCGUCGCCGUCGCUGUUGCUUAAAGGUGAUGUUACACGCGACGAUUCGCAACGACAAUUUUUAGCGCAACCCAGUGUUGCAAUGUUGGAACAAUGUUGUGACCAUUCGAAACAAUGUCGAAACAAUGUUGCAACGCUGUGUUGCGCUNGUAGCCGUCGCCGUCGCUGUUGCUUAAAGGUGAUGUUACACGCGACGAUUCGCAACGACAAUUUUUAGCGCAACCCAGUGUUGCAAUGUUGGAACAAUGUUGUGACCAUUCGAAACAAUGUCGAAACAAUGUUGCAACGCUGUGUUGCGCUAAAAAUCGUCGUUGCGAAUCGUCUCGUGUAACAUCACCUUUAGCUCCCUAAUAUGGUUUAAACCCGGGGAAAAAAGGUGAUGUUAUACGAGUCGUUUUGCAACGACGAUUUUUAGCGCAACACAGCAUUGCAGCAUUGUUGCGACAUUGUUUCGUAUAGUUAAAACACUGCUCCAACAUCGCAACGCUGUGUUGCGCUAAAGAUCGUCGUUGCGAAUCGUCCCUUAUAAUAUCAGCUUAAUACCCUACAGAGUACUAGAUCACUAAGAGCAAUAAAAAAGUAUAAUCACUUCUUUGCCAUUUACAUAUAUUGUUUGUAUGCAGUGGUUGGUGGUAUCCCUUGACUGACGCUUCUCCCUUAGUCGCUUCUUCUGACUUCUGAUAAAAAAAGAAUGAAUUAAUGAAUAAAAUUGUCGCUUCGCUCGCGAAUGGUUCAUUUUUGGAUGCGAUAGUAGUAUAGGGCGCAACGGUUACUACUUUUUGCGGAGAAAUCUCUUUUCUCUGUGGAGGAAUAUAUUAACACCUAUGACGUUAUAGAGUUUUGUCUUCAUCACAGGAAUGAAAUGCGGAGGAAUCCCUUUAAUUAAGAUAAGGUGAUCUUAAAGUACCUAUAAAUAGCACAACCUUAUCUUAAUGAGAUUCCUUCGCAUUUCCUUCAUGAAAUAAAUGUCUUGAUUCGGCGUUAAGGUGAUGUUACACGAGACGAUUUGCAACGACGAUUUUCAGAGCAAGAUAGCGUUGCAAUGUUGGAACAAUGUUACAACCAUUCGAAACAAUGUCGCAAUAAUGCUGUAAUGCUGUCUUGUGCCAAAAAUCGUUGUUGCGAAUUGUGUAAUUUACACGAGACGAUUCGCAACACAAAUGCGAUCCUUACUACAUUUGUGACCUUCCCCGUAUUAUAUUUGUGACCGGUUUUUUACAUAUGGCACCAAUUCGUCAUAACAUUUGGGACCCUUAUGACAUUUGCAACCAAUUCCUUAUUAUAUUUUUCACCAGUUAUUACAUUUGGAACCUCAACAGGGCUUUAGUCUUUUUUCCCCUUAUUUAAUGAACUGUUUAUUAUGCUCAUAAGCAUUUCUACGUCUUAGUUCUAGUUUUGCAGCUGUCUCUUCCAGAUGAAAGAAGGGAGUAGCUGCUAAGCUUCUUCGUUUUCAACAGAGUCCUUUUUUUCCUUUCAGUAUGAAGAGUUCUUCGGUUCUGAAGGUGACGAUCAAGAGCUUUGUAACGCUGCAGCUGACUUUGAAAAACAGGAAUGUGACGAUAUGAGUCGCAGCCUCUGCAGUUUUCCAAAAUACGGUGCUUUACUUGCAAAUAGCUACAAAAGAGGAGAACAAAAUCCCUCGGAAAUAUCUGAUCUUAUUAAUUGGGAUGAUGAGAGCGUGGACGAUAUAGCAUUGCUUCAAGUCGACGUUCCAGAGGCAGCUUGCCAUUCUACCGAAAGCAUCGUUUCUCGCGCCCAAGAUACGAUAAAUGCUCUGUCAGAUGGUACAAGGAAUAAGUUUUUUAAAAAAAGGGAGGGACCAGCUUCGGACUACCCGAAGUUCACAGACACCACGAGAUCACAAAACGUCGGUGGCCAUCCAGGAAGAAAUGGUGUUAGCGUGGAUAGCAACCUAUUAAAUUUUACAUCAGAUGAAGAUGUAUGUAAUUGGCUGAAUGAGGAUCCCGUCAGCGAUUUGGAGUUGUCUUUUGCUGCAGAAGAUGUUGAAAGUACAACUGAAUUGAAUAGCUUGUCCUAG